ACAUCACCCAACGCUCCACCACCACAUCCUCUGUCGACAACACCACCACCAUGUCUGCCGUUCAGAGCGUUCAGUGCUUCGGCAAGAAGAAGACUGCCACUGCCGUCGCCCACACCAAGCAGGGCAAGGGUUUGAUCAAGGUCAACGGCAAGCCUCUUUCGCUCGUUGAGCCUCAAAUCCUCCGCUUCAAGGUCUACGAGCCUCUCCUCAUCCUUGGCCUCGACAAGUUCGCCGACGUCGACAUCCGCGUCCGCGUCCGUGGAGGUGGUCACACUUCGCAAGUCUACGCGAUCCGUCAGGCUAUUGCCAAGAGCAUCAUUGCCUACUACCAAAAGUACAUCGAUGAGCACAGCAAGAACCAGCUGAAGCAGGCUCUCGUCGCGUACGACCGUACUCUGCUCGUUGCCGACAACAGACGUUGCGAGCCAAAGAAGUUUGGUGGUCCAGGUGCCCGUGCCCGUUACCAGAAGUCUUACCGUUAA